UAACAUGUAUGCUGCAAUGAAUCCUCAGUGGCCUGGUAACCAAAUGGAUGGCAUGGGAAUGCCUCCGAAUACAAUGCAAGCUUCUACUACACUUCCUGUUAGCUCAGGCAUGGAUAUGAUGCCUAGUACAAGUGCUGGUAUUAAUCCUUAUGCAGCCUAUAUGCCCAUGACAGGUGAUAUGUAUGGUAUGAUGGGAAACUAUUUACCAUAUCCUAUGUAUCCCCCAGACAACUCUAUGAUGAUUCCUCCAGUAAAGGAAACUAUCACUUUAUCCUCUUGUGUUCUUUAUCCUCCUCAUCCAGGGCAACAUAUUAAGACAAGAGAAAGACACCCAGGUUGUAAAACUGUGUUUGUUGGAGGCUUACCGGAAAAAAUUUCCGAAGAAAUAGUCCGUGAGAUCUUUAGUAGAUGUGGUGAAAUAAGUACUGUUCGAAUGAGUAAAAAGAAUUUUUGCCAUGUGCGGUUUAUUGCAGAAGCUUAUGUAGAUGAGGCAAUGAUGUUAUCUGGCUAUAGAUUAAAAAUUGAAAAUAAAGACGAAAGCGCUUAUUCUGGAAGGCUUCAUGUUGAUUUUGCUAAAGCAAGAGAUGAUGAGUAUGAAUGGGAGUGUUUGCAACGGGCAUUACGAAGAGAAGCUCGUCAUCCAGGAACAAUGGAACAAGAAGCUUCAAGACCUCGAACGCCACCACCUUUUGUUCAUCAUUCUUAGCAUGAAGCAAAUUUGUUAACUGAUAAAUUUAAGAGCACAGAACAUUUCAAAUCUGCUGAUAAACUUACUAUUACUCAACAUGAGCUGUGUUUAAUUGCAGCACUCUUGAAUUUCCAUCCCUUUGGAGCUAGUAUUGAUUACAUAUGAUCGCAUUUAAUCAAGAUUGAUUCAAAUGUAAAUGUUGGCUAUAUAGAAAGUUUAUUGAAGAGGUUUCCUUAUUUAUUCAAAAAAUGCACUUUUGGAAUUGGAUCGACUUCGUGAUUGAUUAGCAUGCCAGCCACUGAUUCAAUGAUUGCUGAUGGUUUAAUUCCCCAUUUAGCUGCCAGCAAAGUAUUGAUUUUUUUGAACUGAGCAUCUGUAAUACGUCAGACACACUUAAUUAUUCUUUCUUUAACAGUUCG